CCACCAUCCACUACUUUCACCUCGGGCUCCUAGCAUGUCUACUAGCUCACAGUCCACAAUAACGGACUCCGCCCCCGCCGUUCCCUUACCAAGUCGUGACUCUUCACCGAAGACUCGCAAACCUCCUGUAUGGCCCAUUGACGCCUCGGAAACCACCCAACCAACGCCUUUGCCAGCUAAAUGCUCCAUGAAUUCGAGAGAAAACGGCGUUUGCUGCAGAGAACUAAAAUCCGAAGAGCGUCAUUUGGUUGACCCCGACAUUGUGCGGGAUGUAAUUAUUGGUCUAUCUGAUGGCCUAACGGUUCCAUUUGCCUUGACUGCCGGUCUAUCUUCUCUUGGAGAAUCAAAUCUUGUCGUCCUCGGUGGCAUUGCCGAGCUCAUUGCGGGUGCUAUUUCCAUGGGUAUUGGAGGUUUCCUUGCCUCCCAGGCUGAGCGUGAUCACUACCGCUACCUGCGCGCGCAGACCGCAUCUCGUGUUGUACGCAGCUGUGCGGGAGAAAUGGAAAGGGAGGUGUCGGACGUUUUGGGUCCCAUUGGUGUCGACGAAACUACUUGCAGAGCAGUGGCGAAAAGCUUGAGGGAUGUCGAGGUGGAUGGAUAUGAAGGUGGUAGGCCAUCUACAUCGGAUGAGGAGAGCGUAGGCCUUCGGUGGAGCCAGGAUGUUGGGUUGACUGCUUUUCUGCUCAAGUUUGGUGAAGGCUUAGAGGAAAUUCCGACAAAACGGCUCUAUAUCUCCGCGUUCACGAUUGGCAUGGGAUACCUUCUCGGCGGUCUUAUACCUCUUCUCCCUUAUUUCUUCUUCUCUCGUGCAACCGUUGGCCUUAUCUAUUCAUGCAUUGUCACCGGGAUUGUUCUAUUGAUAUUCGGUGCCGUCAAAGCUCGCGUAACUGGUGCUGGCACGGGGGCACUUAGUAUUCUCUGGGGUGCCUUUUCUACAUUACUUGUCGGAGGCAUUGCUGCAGGAGCAGCCUUUGGCAUCGUGAAAGCACUGGAAGGGUCGCCGGAGUGAGUGGCGGA